UUAAUAAUUACUUGCAGCAUUACAUGAGAUGAUGCUAUCUUCGUCACACCUUUAGAGUUAUAAUGUAAGAAAGCAUUUUCUGUCCUACUCCCACCUUGCACCGACUGGCAGCCCCGCGUCACCUGAUUUCAUUACGUGUUUUUGUGUUAUCGGAAUCACACCUCGCAUUCGGGAAAUAAUUAUAUUCUGAAUAAUUAUGGGAAAACGAAAGCGUUCUAGGUCUAGGGAUAGUGAUUAUGAUAGUAUUUUACGGAAAAUCAAAAAGUUGGAGUCGAAAUUACGAAAAAGACGGCGCUUAUCAUCAUCAGCAUCGGUGGAAGGAGAAAGUGAUUCUUCGUACUAUAAGAGAUACGACACACAGGAAUAUGAAAAUCAUAGUUCAUUACAAGCGGAAAAUUACGCAGAUGAUAACGCUGACAUCUACGGCGACUGCCAUCCCGAGUCAACAGAGCCACUUGCCGGACCAUCUACGUCGCGAGCUGCUCCCAUACCUGCGCCACCAACAGAACCCGAAUCUGUGACACACACAGUACCUGUGUCUACGCAACAGGACCCGUCGAGUGUCUACGUAAAUGACGCUCCGGCAACAUCUAUUUUGGAUGAAAAUACACCUUCAUUAGACCCAGAGAUUCUUCAACUGCUUGGCGAGGACCCCACCAGUCAGAAAAAUCAUGGAGAAAAUCUACAUAAGGAUAUCGCACCUAGAUGGGCACAUAUAUUAGCUAACGGGCUUUCUAAAGAGAUCCAAUUAGAACUAAUAAAAUGUUAUUUACCGCCAGAAAACUGCCCAAAUAUGAGAGCCCCAAAACUCAAUUUGGAAAUCAAAGCAGCUCUGUUGGAAAUGAACAUUAAAAAAGAUUUAUACAGCCAAAGCAAGCAAAAUCAACUUGCUAGUAGUCUCUCUGCUAUAGGACGAGUUUUGAAUUGGGCCCUGGCAUCAAAUAGUACUGUUCCUCAAGAUAUAAUAAAGACAUUGAGUGACGCCGGCAGACUCAUAUGCGACUAUGAAUUUAACGUCCUUCCAACCUGCCAUCCUCUUCACGCGAGCCUUAUCCUGGUGGCAGCCAAAUUAUCAGGGAAUCAAUGA